AUGCGGAUACUGAAUUAUGUCUUGAUUGCAACAUUUUACAGAUAUAGUCUUUCCGCAACCGCUCUAUAUCCUAUUGAAGAGCAGAGUUCCAUUGAAAACCAUUGGGUAGCCUAUAUCUCACAUGCAUUUGAGGUCAUAGGACCAUUCCCUCAAGAGGCUCGCGAGCAACAUUUCUUGAAUCCUGGAUAUCCUCUUAAAUCCGAAAUAGUCUUCCCCUUGGAUUACACUCACGCUUACACGUCCCACUUGGCAGACAAUGGGUUUGUGCAUUGGACAAAUCAUACCGCUGCUAUAGCACGUGCUAGCUCGGGAGACUCUGACCAUAAAAAACUGGAAUCAAUUCACUACUCUAUCCAAUUUCCCGGUAUUCGUUGGGAUUCGAUUCGUCACACCGAAGGCUGGUCUGGUUUACAACACCACGCUCUCCUUCAUACAACGAUUCGACUCACUUCAGCUCUAUCGCACAAUCCAUUAUCUUUAUCCAGACCGACAUAUCUUGUUUUGACUGCUUCGCAGUGCUCGUAUAUUGCUAUUCUCAACUCUAGACAUGGAUCUUUAAACCCCAGAUGGCAUGCUUGCAACAUCUACGAUACUGAUGAUAUGCCUCCAGUCAGAGUUCCUUUGAAAGCUUACUUUGACCACGAAGCGGUGAAAAUAAGUGCUACUGAUUUUGCCAUCAAUGGCAUGGAGCUAGAUGUCUUAAUUAGUCUGGACUAUGAGAUACGUCUCUUUGGGGACCCAACGGUCUCAAGUGACGGGACUACACCUGUCGUUGAAGUAGAUAUUUCGGUCAAAGUGGAACAGACUGGCGAUCAAGAUGUCCCGGAUAUCGAUAACAAUGCCCUGGACUCUCCAUCACUCGAGCCUAACCAACUGAGAUUGUCAAAUGCUCAGGUCAAUCCGCAUACUCCCUGUAUGCAAUUCAAUGCGAAGACACAUGUAUUCCCACACUUUAUCGAUGGCUGGGCAUAUGGGGACGCGGCUGGAAUCGAAGUGACUUCGUGUUCAGAGGAGUACUGGUCCAUUGGUGGUACACCCAGAUUUAUUGAUACCUGGGUGACAGAUGAAAUCCGCGUCGAAAUGAUAGAGCCCAUAAGAUUGGCCCCGUCUCAAACGCGGCUAGUAUCGAUGAAUUUGGUUCAGGAAAAACCGCUCCUGGCUCCUGCUGGGUUUCUCACACUAGAGCUCAGUCUCCAUCUCGACAUACACUCUUCUCGAACCCCCCAUAAGCUUCUCAUCACUAUUCCUAUCCAGAACCAUCCUAGUCUCUGUGAACUAUCUGAAGAUACAGAGGGGCUUCUUUUGACUUACCGUUCUGUUUCUGGUACACCCGCCUCGGCCGUUGUCAUUCCUCCUCCUAACAAAACGCACAACAUUACGACUCAGUCUCGUAUCCUCUUGGCACUCCAUGGGGCUGGAGUCCUCGUAGUACAAGGUCUAACACCUUGGGGCCUGGACUGGAGGGAAGCUUCAAGAGCUGACGUCUGCGCUGCCCUAAGGGCUCUUGUCUUGAAGUUAGUUGGCGUAUGGCAUGAAGAUGAUUAUUGUACUGCGCACGAUCUGGCAACAGAGAUAACAGUCCCAAAACCGCCUGGUGUUCCGGUCAAGACCAUUCCCGUAGUGGCAAUCGGGCACUCCAACGGAGGGCAAGGCGCUUUGCAUUUGACUUCUGCAUUCCCUGAUUGUAUUCCUGCACUUAUUCCCGCAGCAGGCUACACUAGUGCACGGUUAUAUGUACCCACACAAGCUUCUCGUGGUUCUCUCUUCGCAGAUGCGGCACUCCAGAGUAUUUUGAGGGCGAGUUUGCAAGGACAGGAUGGAGAUAUCAUAGCCGGGAAUCUCGCGCUGAGUCGAGUUCAUCUGGUCCAUGGCGGUAGCGACGAGAAUGUACCGGUAUGGCACUCGCGGGAAAGGAUGGCACUAAUCAAAAUGUGGAACCCGGACGCUGACGUGAACAUGACCGAGAUUCCGGGAAAACCCCACUUUUGGGAUACGGUGUUUAAGGAGAAACCAGUUUCAAAUGCCAUUCAAGAUCUGGUUUCCUCACCCUACGCCGCUUCAAAUACAAUAGAAACCGACUUUACUCUUACGGUAGCCUGGCCAUCAGAAUCGGGUAGCAUGCGGGGUUGGCGGAUCAGGAAAGCAAAGGUUCCUGGGAGGUUAUCCCGAAUUCACGUCAGUGGUAGUUCUAUACAAACGACCAACGUUCAUACGUUUUCUGUUGAGCUCUCAAAAUCUCAACUGAAAGAUGGGGACGUUAUUGAGGUCGACAGCCAACGAAUCAAGGUUCCUCGUCAAUCUUCUUUCUGGCUCUCAUAUGAAAAGGAUAACCAGUGGGAGAUAGUACAUACGGCAAAAUCCUAUCAUUAUGGAUCGUUAUCCAGCGCCCUUACCUCAGCUAUGCCAAUAGCCCUCGUUAUCCCAGCCCGGGAAGGAGACUAUUACCAAACUAUCGCGCUACGGAUUGCACACAGUCUCUACACAUAUUUGAAACUGGAUUGCACCAUCCUCAGGGAUUCUGAGCUCCAAGGACGUGUUCUGGAAGGUCGAAGUGUGGUGGUGAUCGGAGGACAUCAUAACAAAUAUGGAAUGGCGGUCCGCUCGAGCCCCUUGCGAAUUUUGCCUGAUGGAUCAAUCGUUAUCGGGCAAAAAAGAUAUAACAUAAAUGGGGUAGGAGCACUAUCCUUUCACAAGGACCACGUUUAUAUGGAUGCCUUGGAUCUAAGUGGUUACGAACGAAUUCUGAGAGCAUUCCCUCUGAGAACAGGCGUCCCUGGCCCCGAGUGGAUGAUUAUUGGCCCGGAAAGCAAUACGAAGGGGUUUGGAGGGAUUCUCGCGACGGGGUAA